AUGUAUGAGAUUGAAAGGCGCGUGGCCACCCUUCCGCAUCCUGCCUGGAGAACGGGACUUCUUUCACGUGAAGUACCCACAAGGAUUGAAGGUUUCACGGACGGCUCUAAAACUACUGAAGGCACAGCUAGUGCCUUCGUGAUUUUUGAUGCAAGUGGUGAGAUUCAUAAUCAGACGUUUGAGCUGCACCCUGAGUGCUCUAUUUUUCAAGCCGAAAUCUUUGCGGUAUUAAUGGCUAUCAAAUGGUGUAACAUCAAUCUUGUCAAUAUGCCCGUAAAUAUCUACACUGAUAGUGCUGCCACUGUGACCAAACUAAGAAACAAGGACACCACAAACCCCAUCUCUAUCGAUAUUUUCUCUGAGGUUGCAAUGUCAUCUAACAGUUAUGCCGUUAAUUGGAUCAGGGGUCACCAGGGCACUCCAGGAAAUGAAAGAGCAGAUUAUCUGGCACGUAAUGCAACACUGAAUCAUACCAAUCAUCAUGAUUAUGUCCACAAUCCCAAAUCGAAACUCAAGUCACUUGUUUGGAACGAAGCCAUCAAUGCGUGGCAGGCUGAUUGGGACAAGGUCUCAUGUCAGCACAUUACAAAGAGAUUUUUUCCAAGAAUCCAAAACCAUAUGCAGAACAAAUGGAUGCAGCCCAGUCAUAAACUGAUGCAAUUCUUAACUGAACACGGACGCUUUUGUGUAUAUCUUAAGAGAUUCCAUCUCAUAGAUAAUGAUCACUGUAAUCUCUGUGGUACUAAAGAUGGUGUUUUACACUAUCUUUUCAACUGCCCCAUGCUUGAGGAUAUUAGGCAUCACUGGAGGCAGCAAGUAUAUAAACAAUAUGGACUGGCCUGUAAACCCAGACUUCCUUGUUCAUAA